GUUUUGAUGAAUGUCCCCCGAUGUGUAGGCCCCAUACGGUUUGAUGAGUCUCAGAACAGAAGGAGUGCCAUUGGACUUUUAGAGAGCGAAUUUUGCUGGAAUUGAAGUUGGGGGCCAUUUGCAUUUAAAAACCUCCCAUCGUACCAGAACAGCAGAAACCCCCCACAUGUGAAACCAUUUUGGAAAUUUCACAUCUCCAGGAAAAUAACAAGGGUUACAAGGAAAAACCAGGCUUUCCCGGGUGACUUGUUGAGCGCUGCUGAAACCACUCACUGUGGACUUUGGGCAGGGUUGUGUCUGAAACGCAAUGCUACCAGGUAGUGCAGGUGACCUGGUUUCUAACGCUGCUCACCAUGUGAUCAUCAACACAAUCGCUCCGGAGACAUCGGUUUUGCCGCCAAUGCAAAUUCCCUGUUCUGCCCAAUGGAGAAGAGAGAAAUCUUGGCUCAUACUACAGCAGCCGCCUCCAUUGCACACAACAAGGAACCCACAUAUUAGCAUGAUCCUACAUCGCAUUGAAUGUGAUGUAAAGGGGAAAAAGGCCAUCGAUCAGUUUAAAGAACUGAUCUUCAAUCAAGAGCACGAAGAAAGUGUAAAAGAAUUUAACUUCAGAAAAGAGCUGGAAAAAGAAAUUUAUCAGUUCCUUGAACACGAAGUCGGCAUACUUGAUGAACAUGCUACAUCCGAAGUGGUAGCAAAAUCUGCCACCUGCCUGCCACCACACAGCCUGCCACAUCACAGUCUGCCACCACAAAGCCUACCACCGCACAGUCUACCACCGCACAGCCUGCCACCGCACAGCCUACCACCGCACAGCCUGCCACCACACAGCCUGCCACCGCACAGCCUGCCACCACACAGCCUGCCACCGCACAGCCUGCCACCACACAGCCUGCCACCGCACAGCCUACCACCAGAAAGCCUGUCACCGCACAGCCUGCCACCGCACAGCCUACCACCAGAAAGCCUGUCACCACAGUGUCCGUACAAAUUGAGUCACCUGACAUUGCCACACCUGCACUGGAACUAGUAAGCGAAGCAAAAUAAACAUUUAUUUGUGGCUCAAGCUGUUGACUACUUGGCAUUUCACAUCACAGAGCUUCUUCUAAUAAUUAUGGCUGGAGCUGCCAGCAUCCUGUUUUUUGCUGGCAUAUGGUACAUAAAACAUAUUAAAUAAUCUUAGAUUUGUGUA